CGGCCCGCCCCGCCUGCAGUGGCUCCUCCGGGGGGCAGGCGGCGGUGCGGCCCGCGGCGCGGCUGUCCCGGCGCCUCCGCCCGGCCGAGAUGAACCCGCGGCUGCGGCACUGGCGGGAGGCGGCCACGCUGCUGCUGGCGGCGGGCACGCCGGGCCGGCCGCCGCGCUCGCCGCUCGGCCCCUUCGACUAUGAGCUGCUGCUGCUGCGCCGGAGCUCCCAGAGCGGCUUCAUGCCCGGCGCCCACGUGUUCCCGGGCGGGCUGGCGGAGCCGGCGGAUUUCUCCGCCGAGUGGCUGGGGCUGCUGCCCGCCUCGCCGCACUACGGGCUGGGCGCCGUCAAGCCGCCGCCGCCCGGAGGCAGCCGCGCCCCGCUCUUCGCCACCGACAGGGAGAGCCUGGGCUCGCGGCUGCCGGGGGAAGUCGCCUUCCGCAUCUGCGCUCUCAGGGAGACCUUCGAGGAGGCGGGGAUCCUGCUGCUGGUGCCGGGGCGCGGGCCGGCCCCGCCGCUGCCCGCCGAGCGCCUGCCGCCCGCCGCCGAGCUCGAGGCGUGGCGGCGCCGGGUGCGGGAGGACGCGUCCUGCUUCCUGCGGCUGUGCCGGCACCUGGGCUGCGCGCCCAACAUCUGGGCGCUGCACGAGUGGAGCAACUGGCUGACCCCCGUGGGCAGGGCGGGCCGCGGCGGCCGCCGCUAUGACACGGCUUUCUACCUGUGCUGCCUGCCGGAGCGGCCGCCCCACGUGUCGCAGGACGACCAGGAGGUGACAGCCGUGCUGUGGUCAUCACCUCCAGAAGCCAUCGAACGCUUUAAGUCUCAGGAGAUCUGGUUUCCUCCACCUCAGUUUUAUGAAUUCUGCAGGCUGUGCAACUUCUCUUCCCUGGGGGAGCUGCAGAAGUUCAGCUCCGAACGCGCUCUCGAGGGCUGCGAGCGCUGGAUGCCGGUGAUGCUGAGUGCUGCAGAUGGAUUCAUCCAGCUGCUGCCGGGAGAUGAGUUAUAUCCAGAAGAUCCAGAUUAUACUGGAGAAAAGAAAAUUAUCAUGUCAACAGAUAAGAAGCUUGAAGAUCUCAUGAAAGAUGGAGGGAUAUUUCACAGGAUAGUAAUAAAAAACAUCAACAAUCUUGCUGUUUAUGUUAAUAUUGAAGCAAAAUAUAAGCAUAUAAAUCCACUGAUGAUGAAGUGUGAUAAUUCAGAUUACAAUAGCAGAUUAUAAUAUGUCUUUGGUUUAAAUCUUGACUUUUAAUUGCAUAUAUGCUCACAAUGGUUUUGGUGCUUUUUAACUGUUGCCAAAUAAUCAUGAAAAUAUUCCUCUGUUCUGCCAAAGCUUUAUGUCUGUAUGUGUGUGUGAUGUCACAUCUAUGUGUAUCUAAUCUCUUGAGUCUUUAAAACAGAACAGUUGUGCCAAUGUUGGGUUACAAAGGUACUCUUCUCACUGAAAAUUUGAGUAGUAUAUAUUAUGUUCAGAACAAGGCAGAGAAGAGCUGAAGCCUUCCAAAAUUAUCCACUAGAUAACUGCAAUGUGUGUCUAGAAAUGAAUCAAAUCUCCCAUUCCAUAUUUGUUGACAUUUCCCACUCUAUUCUCUCUUUCAUUUGGGGAAAAAGCAAUGAAUGUAUAGAUAUAGAUAUAUAAAUUAACUUCAAUGCACUUUUAAAAAGAAUAUUAUAAAGUUAAUUUUUGUAUUUGAUAGAUUUUUUCUAUUAAUGUUAAUCAUUCAAAACUACAGUUUUCAAAGGUAGACCUAAUUUAAAUGAAGUCAUCUAUGCAGGAAUUGACUGCAUACUUUUUAUCAAUAUUUUUUUAAUCUUCAAGUUGUAAGCAAUUUUUAAAAAUUAAAAAGUGUCAUUUUCUUAGCUCCAAAAAGAUAACAACUUAAGGAAAUUAUAUUGCUCCUUGAAAUACCCACUUUCAUAUUCUAAUAUCCCACCUUUUGCUUGUUAACUACUUUACUAAUAUAACUGAGAUAUAAGAAUUUCAGAGGAAAGAUUGCUGCUUAAUUUUUGGUUUGGACUUUUGUUUAGUUGGAUUUGUCUUUUGUGCAAUAAGUGGAGUCAGUGGAGCAGUUUUGUUAAAUUCUUUGUCAGGAAGGAGAAUGAAUGAUGACUUCAGAUUAGUCAGUGAAAUUGUUCAGAAAGCUUUGUUCCAGCUUUUGUUCUGUGUUUCAAUUAAAACCUUCUGCAACAAUUCCAUUAAA